CAAUAUUUUACUCUAAUUAUAAAUACUAAUAUGGUUGAAUUUUUUCAUAUUUUUUGUUUCAUUAAAUUUUAUUAUAUAUUAAUUUUGUUCUUAUUUUAUGUAGGGGUCGCAGAUUUAUGCUAUUAUGUUCAAUGAAAUAAUAGACAAAUUUCAAAAUAUAUUAAAGAUCGGGCAAACUUAUAUGAUUUCAAAUGGAUAGAUUAAAGAUAUAAAUAAAACUUUUUACAAUGUUCAUGAAAAAUUUGAAAUCAUAUUAAAUAAUCUUUUAGAAAUACAUGUUGCUGUGAAUCAUAAUAUACAAUCAUUGCAUAAAAAAAUUAUCGACCAUUGAAGAGAUCACGUCAAAUCCAAAUCUACCAUCAGAUAUAAUUUUAUUAGUUUUAAAAGUUUAUGAAACAAGGACAAUAUACAGACAAAGGGAUAAAAAGAAAAUUCUUAAGCGAAACUUACAAGUUAUUGGAUUGAGCAAUAAAAGAAGGAAAGCAAUUAGAAGAUAUGGUGAAUGAAAAACCCAUCAUUUUUGUGAAGGGAGUUGUUGGAAAAAAUUUCAAUGGUUUUACGCUGUCAUCAACAAUGUCAACAAUUAUAGAAAUCAAUCCAGAUUUGCCAGCAAUAAAAGAAUUGGUGGAUUGGUUCAAUGAGGUUGGUUUUCAGCAUGCAUCAUCAAAUUUUAAAGUUUAUGUGAUGGCAGAUUUAUUCAAAAUCACAACUUCAGAACUUUUAACAGCAGAGAUGAAAUACUAUGCUACCAAUGUUAUAAUAAAAGGUUUACAACAACAAGAAAAUAUAUGGUAUCCCUCUUGUAAUAUAUGUAAAUCAAAGGUUACUAUUAAUGAAGAUGUUGUGCGCUGUGCUAAAUGCUCUAAAGAAAAUAUUGAUUAUAGUUUGAGAUAUCUUCUCAAAUUAUAUGUUGAAGAUGAAACUUCAAAUGCAAUUUUCACGCAAUUUGAUAGUGAAGUAGAAAGUAUUAUUGGUGUGCUAGUUUCGGAAUUAGAAAAUAUAAAGGUGACAAGCAUCGAAGAAUAUAAUAAAAUAAUCAAGAAUUCUUGCGACAAGGAGAUGACCUUCAUAAUUAAGGCUCAAGACAAAAUUUGUGGCAAUCGAACUUUCCUUUCGCUAACAGUUCAAUCAAUAAAAAAAGACUCUCAAGAAAUUAAACAUGGCAUAUAAAAAAAAAAUCAAAUUAGAGGAAAAUUAAAUAAAACUAAUUAUGAACAUUAGUUUGCGAACUCUUUUAUCUUCAUACUCAUGUUUUAUAUACAUCGUUUUAUUUGUCUUAAAUAUACUUAUAAGAAGUUUUAAAUUUGUUUUUGAAGUUGUUUAAUUUUAUAUCUUUAUUUUGUAUUUUAUGUUUGCCUUAUGUUUAGUAAAAAUUGUGUUGAUGAUUUUUUUUUGUGAUAUCAUGCUUGAGAUAACAUUAUACAAAAAGUUUUUGAAACCGUCAAUGCCGCUCGCAAGCGCGGAUGAAAAAGGUUGAGGGUUUAUUUUUGUUACAAUAAAACUACUUUCACAACUUCUCUGGAUCCUCACAAGAUUAUAAUUUCUCCUUGAACAUCUUGAGCACUGCAACCAUGCUAUCACAGAAACAAAUAAAGAUUAUAUAUGAAAAGGAAAUGAAUAGUUCAAUAAAACUUUACGAACUUCUUAAACCAACAUGCUUAGAGUCACGGUCAUACUUGGCAAUAACAAGGAUGGGUCGAGUAUGCAGAUUGUAAAGUGUCCACUUUUAAUCAUACAAAAGUUAGAAUGCCUACGUAGAAUAUUUUUCCUUAACCUUUAUAAAUAUAUCAUGAUUAUUUCUUUUGUUGACGGCUUCAGGGAAAUGAAAGCAAAAGCAUUUUGCAUAUUGGCAAGCAAGCAUUUUCAUGUGUGGAGCUGUUCCAUUAAGUGGAAGGACUUUCUAGAAUUAUAAAUGCAUCGAAUAA